GUUGUUGUUUUGAGUUGUUCUGGUUUUCCCAGAUUUUCUUUAUAAUUUGAAAAUGCUUUGCCCUGAAGUUUGGAAUUUUCCACCGCCAAAAGUAGUGACCACUUAUCAAAAAUGUUUAGCGUUUGACGCUGUGGCGCAAGUUGUAGAACUAAACAAUUUUUAUAAAAGUGCGGUCAUAACCUGCCCCGAUGAGCUGCACACGCCGCAAAUCGUCGAAGAUGCUUUAUUAGAGGACAGUGAUUACUAUAAAGUUACAAAUUGCCCCUUAACAGAAUUCCUAGAUCCAGUUUUCAUUCAAAAUUUUGUUAAAGCAGGAAGAUUAUAUUGUUUAACAACGAAUACUAACUGUAUCAUACAAAACUGUGUCGCUGUAACUCCAGACGGGAUUUUAACACUUCACAUUCUAGAAAAUAUCUACCAAACCUUAGGUUUAGAGGGAACGAAACGUCCGCACAAGUUUUGGGAAGUAAAAAUCUUUUUGAACAACUUAAAAAACAUGGAUAGAGUAAAAAGAGCAUUAGAAAAGUUAAAAUCCUUUGAUUUUAACAUAUCUUGGGUGCCCGAUGCAGAAAAUGUGUGUCCAUCUUCAAUAGCAAAGUACUUUUGUGAUAAAAGUUAUAAAGUUUCCACUCACAAUUUGAUAGUACAAAAAUUAACACCUACUAUUAAGGAAGUACCUGCAUUAGAAGGUUCAGAUAUUGAUGAAAUUGUAGAAUGGAUUGGUAUGUUGGCCCACAAUGCUGAUUUAUCUCCUACAGAGGGUUAUAUAAGCUCAUAUAGUGAACCAGAAUGCAUUAAUCCUAUUAAAACAUCAAGAAUAUCACUUCUCAUAGUAAAAGGAUUCAUAACACCUAACAUUAUAGUCAAUACUUGUAAACUGUUAGCUGAUUAUGUUAAAUCUAGAGAAUUAGAAUCCUACUGGGCGUCUAUAAGCAUUCAGAGUGUGGAAGAAAGUCUGUGGCAGUGGAAUGUCAGUAGCCCCAGGAUGUUUCAGUCACAGAACGCUUCUUGUAAUAUAUUUUUUACUCCUGACAAACAUAUGUUAUAUUCUGUGGGACAAUUAAAAUAUUCAUAGCUAAA